AUGUAGUUGUUAAGAGUUUUUCUUAUUCGACAUGGGUAAUCUAUGUAUCAGAGUCUGAAAAUUGUGUCUGGCAAGAACGAAUUAGGUUUGAGUGGAUUAGGCAUUGUAUAAUCCAAGAGAGCUGGAACUCUAUUACAAAAUUUAAAAUUUGAUUAAGUCUACACAAGUGAUUAUAAGAGGUAUAAUUAUUCAGUAACCUAAGAUGCAUUGAAUCUUAUACUCAUAUUGAGAAUUAGUUGAAAUAAAAACCCAGAGUCAUUACAUAUACACCUUUAUUAAGAGAAGUUAAUUAAGGCGAAGAAACAUUAAAAUCUUACUAGGAUGUCUCUCUCUAAUCACAACCCAAACAAUCUUCAGAUCUGAACAAUGAAAUCUAGGAAAGAGUUGAAACCUUUCUUCAUCAAUUGAUUAGAGAUUAAAUAUACAAAAAAUCUUAUAAAUUUGUAAUUAAUUAUAUAACAAUAGUUUCCAUAUCGACAUUAACUAGGAUCAUAAAUAGAUACAAAUAACUUCUACAAUCCCUCAGUUUAGUAGUUCAGCUCUUAUUCCAAGGAAUCUGGCAUGAUUAAAGUUUUAGUUUUAAGUCAUGCUGGAUUUAUAGCAUAAACUCUUAGAUAUCUUCAUCAUAGACAAAAUUCUCAUUUAUCUAAUAGUGAACAACCUUGCAUCUAUGCUAAAAAUGGAGCAAUAUUUCUAUUGGAUUUCUAUGUGUCAGAUUUAGAGAGUUGGGAUUGCAAAAUAUCAUUAACGAAUUGGAAACGAGGAAUUAAUACUCCUUUCGAUUUAAUUAAUUGA